AUGGAACAAACUGAAAAAAAAGUGGACACAGUGGAACAGAAGCUGAUGGUGGCUAACAGAAACUUAGAAGAAUCAAUAGUCCACUUAGAAAUGGAGAGAGCUGCCUUCUACCUGAGGUUCCAAAACAUUAUUGAAACCAAAGAUGAGGACUUGCUGAGAACAAUGUCAGAUCUACUGGCAAAGAUGUUGCAGAGAAAUAGUCAAGAGAUGCAAAGAGAGAUAGACCGAACUGAUUCUCAGCCCUCUCCUCUGGCUCUGUUGGCAGCAACCUGCAGUAAAAUAGGAACUCCUGGUGAGAAUCAAGCAACUGGACAACAGAUUAUUAUAAAUCCUAGUCAAGGUUUGGUGCAGCUUCAGAGUCAACCACAGCAGUUAGAAUUAGUAACAACUCAGCUUGCUGGAAAUGCUUGGCAAUUUGUUGCAGCUUCUCCUGUUUCAAAAGAGAACAACCAGCUAACAUCUUCUGUCGUUUCAACUGUAGCAAGUCUGUCCCAUAGUAACAAUGGGAAUGUAUCAAACAAAACAAAACAAAAUAAUUCUUCUGGAGUAACAUCAGGACAAUUUCAAGUUGUCCAAGUACAGAGUUCAGGUAGUAGUGUACAGUACCAAGUGUUUCCACAAAUACAGACAACAGAAGGUCAUCGCAUUCAGAUAAAUCCUGCUAAUGCCACAGCUCUGCAAGAUAUACAGGGUCAGAUUCAGCUCAUUCCUGCAGGGAAUAAUCAAGCUAUUAUUGCAACUACAAAUAGGACAUCUUCUGAGAGUAUUAUUGCUCAGAAUUUGGCAAAUCAAACAGUGCCUGUCCAGAUUACUCCUGGUGUUUCUAUUCCAUUGCAGCUCCCUAUUGCUGGUACUCAGGCUCAAGUUGUAACUUCAUUACCUAUAAAUAUUGGGGGAGUGACUCUAGCAUUACCUGUAAUAAAUAUUGCAACUGGUAGUAGUUCUGGACAGGUUGCCCAGCCCACUGACAGUAGACUUUCCAAUGGAAACCAGCUAUUGUCAACACCUGUCACAACAGCUUCUGUUAGUGUUAUGUCUGAUUCUCCUCCCUCUUCCACAACUACAGCCUCCACAUCACUAACGGGCAAUGAAAUGUUAGUUACUACUGCAGAAGCAGGCCAGUAUGCACGCACAGCAAAUAGUUCUGAAACUAGUACUGAAGAAGCGCAGAUGACCAAAUCUGAAACAGAGGUACAAAAUUCUAGUCAACUUCAGUCUAAUGGAUUGCAAAAUGUUCAGGACCAGUCAAAUUCACUACAACAGGUUCAAAUAGUAGGUCAACCUAUUCUCCAGCAGAUCCAGAUCCAACAGCCUCAGCAGCAGAUUAUUCAAGCAAUUUCUCCACAAUCUUUCCAGGUUCAGGCAGGACAAACUAUUCAGGCCAUUCAGCAACAGUCUUUGCAAAAUGUUCAGCUGCAAGCAGUGAGUCCAACACAAAUACUCAUAAGAGCACCAACUUUAACCCCAUCAGGACAAAUCAUCUGGCGGACAGUACAAAUCCAAAAUCUUCAAAGUCUUUCAAAUCUCCAAGUUCAAAAUGCUGGGCUACCUCAGCAGCUAACUAUGACCCCUGUAUCUUCAAGUGGUGGUACAAUUGCUCAAAUAGCACCAGUAGCUCUUGUUGGCACACCAAUAACACUUAAUACUUCUCAGAUUGCUUCAGUGCCUAAUCUUCAAACAGUAAGUGUAGGCAACUUGGGCACUGUUGUUCAAGUGCAAGGAGUGCCAGUCACCAUUACCAGUGUUGCAG